AACUGCAGGGAGAUGCUAAACCCUUCAGGGACAGGUCUUUAAUUCCACUGGGAUGAUGGAGUAUUGGUGGAACUUGCUGAAUGUUCUGACUUUUUUUAAGCUAGCUCAGGUGCCAUCGUGUUAUUGCCAUGUACGGCAUCAGCUGCCAGUUUUAUGGAUUAUGCCACUCAACGGAGAGCCAGGGAAGGGCAACAUUACAGCAGAGGUUUUACCUGCGGUCCAGCUAGCAUUGCAUCAUUUGAGCGAGCAGCCACCUCCUUUGGGCAACUAUGAGCUUCAGUUUCACCUCAUAGACUCUGAGUGUGACAAAGCCAAAGCACUUAAAGCUUUUUUUGAUGCCACAUUCUACGGCCCCAAACCUCUCAUGAUCUUUGGAGGGGUGUGUUCUUCAGUUACGUCCACCAUAGCCCAGUCACUGGAGGGUUGGAACCUUGUGCAGCUGUCAUUUGCCGUAACAGCCCCUUCACUGGCUAACAAAAGAAGACUUCCGAACUUCUUUCGUACUGUUCCAUCAGACAGUGCUGUCAACUUGGCACUUGUGAGGUUUCUCAGGCAUUAUGGAUGGAGUAGAGUUGGUACUUUGACCCAGCAUGAGCAGAGGUUCACAGAGGUACAGAGUGAUUUAAGCAGACAUCUCGAGGUGGCUAACAUCCAGCUUGCAGAGUCAGAGAGCUUCUCUGAUGCCCCCUGUGCCAGUGUGAAAAAACUAAAGGACAAUGAUGUGAGAAUAGUGUUUGCUCAUUUUGAUGUGAGCUUAGCAGCUAAAGUCCUCUGUUGUGUGUAUAAUCUCAGCAUGUAUGGCAACAAGUACCAGUGGAUUCUGCCAGACUGGGCCCAGGCCAGCUGGUGGACCUACACUGGGUCCAUUAACUGCACAGCUAAUAACAUACUGACUGCCAUGGAGGGAUCCAUCAGUGCAGAUUUUGAGACCAUUAGCUCCAGACACAUCAGAGGAAUCUCUGGUAGGUCACCUCAGGAGUAUGAGAGGGAGUAUGAUGAAAGGCGGCAAUUCAAGCACCUGGGUGCAAGCAAGUUUCAUGGCUUUGCUUACGAUGGUACAUGGGCAAUUGCCAAAGCUUUGGCAAGAGUCAUGGAGACUGUGAGGUACAGACAGAGAUACAGCAUUUAUCGCAACUAUACUGUCACUGACCAAGAAUUGGGGGAAAUGAUUCUGCAGGCCAUGGACAAGAUCAGCUUCUUUGGUGUGACAGGGCAUGUUAUGUUCUAUCAAGGUGAGAGAGUGGCCAAUGUGGAGUUUGCCCAAUAUCAAGAUGGAAAAGCUGUCAAGAUUGGAAAAUACAGUGCUAUCACAGACAAACUAGAGUUCAUCAGUCCAAUCAGAUUUCAAGGGAAUGAACCAACAAAGGACCGAACCCAUGUGUACCCUCAGAAAAAAUGUGUCAGUAUAUUGCUCUAUGGGAUCAUGGCAUUUCUGACUCUCUUAGGAAUUCUUACAGCUUGUUUUCUUCUAGUCUUCAAUGUGAAAAACUACAAUCAUUGGGCCAUUAGCAUGUCAAGCCCUUUUUUGAACUCUUUAAUAAUUCUUGGUGCUGUGUUGUCUUAUUCGUGCAUCUUCUUCCUGGGGCUGGAUGGGUCUUAUAUUUCUAAUGGAGUAUAUGAAGCUUCUUGCUCUGUACAAAUAUGGCUUCUUUGUAUUGGGUAUACAGCAGUGUUUGGGACCAUGUUUGCAAAAACAUGGAAAAUGUAUGAUGUCUUCAAAAAUGACAGAAUGGAAAAAACAAUCACAAAGGACUACAGGCUGAUUCUAGUUGUUAUGUUCCUUCUGUUGAUUGACCUGAGUUUGUUAAUUUGUCUGCAAAUUUUGGAUCCUUUGAGGAGGACUUUACAGGAGUAUCAUAUAGAGGCUGACCAUCAUGGGCGAGACUUUUCCAUUCAGCCCUUUUCAGAGCGCUGUGCAAACACUUACAUGGGUUCCUGGAUGGUUGCUUUCUAUAUUUAUAAGGGGAUACUCCUGCUGAUUACCUGUUUCCUGGCCUGGGCGACACGCAAUGUGAACAUUCCUGCCGUAAAUGACAGCAGGGGCAUCCGAUUCAGUGUGUUUGUGUCUUGCCCAGUGAUUCUGAUUGGUACAUAUGCAUCCAUACUUACCCAAGAUCAGCCAAAUGUCCAGUUCUCUAUCGUGGGCCUUGUAAUCAUCACAUGCUGUUCCAGUACUCUGUGUAUGGUGUUUGUUCCAAAGAUUAUCAUCAUAAGGAUGGGUCCUGCAUCCUUGUCUAGAAGGUUGCAUCUCACCCAGUGGCAUGAGAUGGAGAAGGAGAGUGAACGAGAUAGUGAAAAGAAUAACACUGUGGAGCAGAAAGACUCAGGAGCAUAUGACUAUGAGGCAGAUAUCAUGGAAAACAUCUCUUCCACCCAUGCCAUUCUACGGUUGGAUAACCAACACUUCAAACUACACAUUACUGAACUGGAUUCUGAACUGGAAGCUUUGACUAGGCAACUGAAUGAACCAAGUCCUCUGGAGAAUCUCAUCGUCAGAAGUUCUGUUCACAAAGCAGGCAAAUGUCUAACUCUCCCUGAAAGCUCCAAUUGCAGCCGAAAUCUACUUGAGGACAUUAACUCUCCUGAACACAUUCAGCGUAGACUCUCUCUUCAAUUACCCAUUCUGCACCAUGCCUACCUGCCCUCCAUUGGAGGAGUGGACUCCAGUCCUCUGAAUAGCCCUUGUGAAAGCCCACAGCAUAGGCAAAUGCCCAAAGCAUAUGACAUUAUGGUGUCUUGAGGAUCAUGAUUUGCUACCAUACCACUCAAGGAUACAGUAACAAAAUGCAUGCAAGGAUCCAUAUGUAUGGAUACUUUACAACAUACCUGCUAAUUCGCUAUCAGCCCAACACAACCUGUAACCUCAAAACAUAUGGUUUAAAUGCACAAACACAUAUUUGAGUAUGCAUCAUAUUUG